AUGCAGCUCUGCCCCGAGAACGAGGCCAUUGGGGGAAGUGUCGCGGCAUUGCAACAUUGUUGGCGAAAGCGGUUCGCAGAGAACAGGGAUCCCCCUCCUAGCAGGCUACACCCAAAGAAGGGAAAUCCCCACUCAGGGGCGCAGCCGCGGAGCCCGGUGCUGGGACCGCCGAGGCCUCCAGACGCCGCGAAGAUCCCGGAAACGCUGCGCUCGCUCGAGGCGAGCACAGUGGAAAAGGUGACCUCAGCGCCCGGCCAGCCGCCCUCCCGGCAGCCUGGCAGCAAGGCGCUCCGGACCGCAGGGGGUCCUCGGCGCCUCGGACGUGCUCGUCUCCCGGCCCGCCACUAUUUCGGUUGCAGGAAAAGGGUCACUGCUCUGUACAACCGAAGCUCCUUGGCACCAAAGUGCGGAUUCCAGACCGUCCUCCCCUCCCUCCCCGAAAUGUGUCCCAAACGCUCUUCCAGAACCGCGGCGUGCUCGAUGCGGUCCCAGAGAGACGGUGCAGAUGCAGAGGCGAGCGCAGAGACGGCCGCCCUGGGCCGGGCCCACGUCCCUCGAGGGGGCUGCUCCUUGGGAGAGCUUCCCCCUAGCGCUGCCUGGGUCGCCCGCUUCUUUCUUUGCAUCGCAUCUUCCGCUUGGCCGCCUGGCGCGGGUUUGUGUCUUACUGCACAAAACGAAGUUGGGCCUGGGGUGGAGAGGAGGUUCCUUUGGACGAGUCACCUCAACGCCCGGUACAGUCUGCCAAACGACCACCAGUUGACUGGGGGGCCUGAGCGGCCGCUGUUCGCCCAGCAGUCCCACGCCCGGGGCAUUUCUCUCCCAGGCACGCGCUGGGAGCUCCCCAAUGGGGCUUGGUCCCUCUCUGUUUUCUUUCUUUACACCUGCGGUUCCAGCUGCCCCGGCCCAGGAUGGCCGGCAGUGGUGGCAGUGACAGCAGUGUUCGGCUGGCAGAUUACCGUGGCUGCCGGAGUCGUGCCUUGCAGUGAACAACUGUAUUUCACAUUGGUGAAUAACAGUGGGUCUGCUGCAAACAUGACAGGGUCUCAUGCACAGGGAGUGGAACAGAUUGAGUCAAUGGGAAACAGUACGGGUCUGGAUGUUGAUGGUGGCCACAUAGAGGAGCUUGUUGAGGACCAUAAGGAGAAGCUGAUGAUGGAAGAACUUGCUGAACUGAGUGAGCAGCAGAAGGCUCUUGCUGAGGAGUGUCCACUGAGGAAGAGGAAGACAGGGGGGCGGUCAGGUUCGCUUACUGAAAUCUCAAAUUUUGUGAUAACAACAUUUUUUAACCAGCCACUCAAAGUGACAGAAUUUGAAGAUAUUAAAUCAGGUUACAGGAUAGAUUUUUAAUUUGAUGAAAAUCCCUUCAAAAAUAAAAUUCUCUCCAAAGAAUUUCAUCAAGAGAGUGGAGAUCCAUUUUUAGAGUCCACUGAAAUCAAAUGGGAAUCUGGAAAGGGUUUGACAAAACAUUCAUAUCAAAUGCAGAAUAAAGCAAGUAGGAAGAGGCAGCAUGGACCCGAGAGCACCUUGCCCAGGUGUGCUGACCAUUCGGAUGUGGGUGCAGAUGGGUUAGGAGAGGUCAUCAAAGAUGGCAUUGGGCCACAUCCAUUGCAGUACUACUUGGUUCCUGAUAUGCAUGAGGAGGAAGGGGAAGGAGAAGAAGAUGAUGGUGGAGGAUUGGAAGACUUUGAUGUGGAAGGGGAUGAGGAUGAAGAUGAUAGUAAAGGGGAGGAAGGAGAGGAAAAUGAAGGAGAAGAUGACCGAACACUGAUGGAUUUCUUCUUCCAGUCCCCGGAGGACGCCACAUGCAAGACAUCACCUUGGAAGCAACUAGAGCAGCCCUGGCCAAACAUCAGACCUGCUGUCAUCUUGAUCUUGGAUUUCCAGGCUCCAGAACCAUGA